AUAAGUGCCGCGAUCCAUAGAGGAGACUUCCGAAUCGUCGGACAGCUAUUGUCAUGUACCUUCACGUAUUUCCCGUGGCCGUCUCAUUCAUUGCGCUCGCCUCGACGGCCGUUGCAGCGGGUGCCCAGAGACCGCUCAUCUGUUACUGGGAGUCCUGGUCAAGAUAUCGUGUGGCCCCUUACACAGGGAGCGUGGAGAACAUACCCAUCCACCUGUGUACGCAUUUGAUCUAUGCCUUCGCUGGCUUAGACGAGAACACAUGGAAAGUCAAGUCUCUCGAGCCAUACUGGGACCUGGAUCUCGGCGGCUUCAACCAGCUCGUUGCACUCAAGCAGAAGAAUCCCAAACUCAAAGUUAGUUUCGCCGUCGGAGGAUGGAACGAAGGCGCGACGAAGUAUUCGGACCUCGUGUCCGACCCGAACCGGAUCAAGAUCUUCGUGGACUCCGUGAUGCAAUGGAUCACGACCUUCGGCUUCGAUGGUCUGGAUCUGGACUGGGAAUAUCCAGCCGACGCCGCAAGAGGUGGGAAAAGCCAGGAUAAAGCAAAUCUCAUCGUACUUCUACGGGCUCUGCGGCAAGCUCUGGGGGAGAAGCUUCUCACGAUCGCCACCUGUAUCCCCGUCGAGAAGAUCGCUGCCGGAUACGACGUUCCGCAAAUGGUCAAAUACGUAGACUUCAUUCACGUUAUGGCAUAUGAUCUCCGAGGUAGUUGGGAUAACGUUAUCGGGAACCACGUCUCGCUGUAUCCCAGCGCGAACGAUCGGGGAUUGUACAGCAAAUUGACUGUGGAGCAAGGAAUGCAGAACUGGCUCGAUGCCGGUGCACCACGCGAGAAACUCAUCAUGGGAUUGGCGUUCUACGGGAGGUCGUUCAAGCUGGCGGACCCAUCGAACAAGUUACAGGGAGCUCUAUCAGGUGGGAGCGGCACUUCAGGUCCCGUUUCCCAACAAGACGGAACGCUGUUCUAUUUCGAGAUCUGUAAGAAACUCCGCGAGGGCUGGACUCGCGUAUUCGAUGAUGACACGAAAACGCCCCGCGCAUUCUCCGGAGACCAGUGGGUCGGCUACGACGACACCGAAGGCAUUCGACACAAAAUUGAGCUCCUCGAUCGGAAGAAAUACGCGGGCGUCAUGAUAUGGGCAAUCGAUCUCGACGACGCGAGCAAUUCCUGUGGAAAGGGUAAUUAUCCAUUGGCGACGGCAACUUUCGAAGCUCUCAGAGGUGAAAACUCCGAGGAGAACGAAAUCGAUGUGGGGACGCGAUCGAGCUCGGGACCGACCGGUUGGAGUACCGUUUCCGAAUCGGAUCAAAAGCGCACGACCGAAUCGGAUCAGAGGCGCACGACCGAAACGAAUACUCGGCGGGAAGUAGUCACGGAAUCCGGACCAAUUGUGGAUUGUUCUUCGGGAGAAGGCUUCUUGCCUCAUCCCACUCAUUGCUCGAUGUUCAUCCGGUGCGUCAGUCGGAAGCCGGUUGAAAUGACCUGUCCCACCGGCCUGAUCUUCGAUGCCUCUGUUUCGGUUUGCAAUUGGCCGGUGGAUGUAGAUCCUAAGCUACCUAAAGGAUGUCCUGAUGCCAAUCCAUAAUGUUGAAAUGAAUAAAUUGAAUUCCCUGCACUUAGAA